UUGCAGCAUGCGUUGAUAUCAACACAGAUUGACCUUUAGUUUCGCGAUCUUGUGCUAUUCAUAGCGGUUAUUUAUAAAGUAUAUUUAAAACCCGCCCGACUACACACCUAGAAAAAAAAAGUGAUUGUGGAAUGAGAAGGCAUAAAAUGUACUUCUAAAGUGUGAAGAGACUGAAAGAUAGCUUUAAAGAAAGGCGUAAUAUGGCAAGCCCAGGCUCUGGUGCUCCAGUGGGGAGCACUCCUUCAACCCCUGGGAAGACACUAGGGGGUGUCGCAGGUCAUACCCCUGGUAGUGGGAAAAGACGACACAGGAAGAAAAAUUCUCCCAAGCAGAAAACUGACCAGAAAGAUCAGCCACAACUGGAAAAUCUUGUUGGUCAUGGGGAAGUCAGUAGAGUUAAAGACAGUAAACAGUUGACAUCUUCAAAAGAGGAAGUUCCAGUUGGUGACAAAGUAACAGAGCCAAGUCCCAAGAAAUCAACAGAAAAGGUGACAAAUGUUAAAUCACCAAACGAAAGCAUGAAGGAAUCGACAGGUGUUUUGGGUAGUUCGGAGGCAUGCAAUGAAAAAUUAAGAAAUGAUAAACUUACUUCUGCUAAUAAAACAAGACAAGGUGAAGGAACCAAUGUGGCUCAUGCUAAAGGCCAAGAGGAACUUAAAGGUCCAGAAAAACCUCAAGGGGCAGCAAAGGUCAAAGGGGAGCAAGGUCAGAAGAAAGGUGAAGGUCAAGCUGUAACUGGGGAGCCCUCCGGGAAGAGCAAAGCUGAACUUAAAGCAGAAAGACGAGCAAAGCAGGAGGCUCAGAGGGCAGCUAAGGAGAAGAAGAAGGCUGAGUCAGGGUCUGUUGGUGCCACCAACACUCCAUCAAACAAGAAAGAUGUGCCUCGUGUACCCGACAACCUAAAGGCCGAUGUAGAGGGAACACGGAAGAAGAUUGUGAAAAAGUUUGAAAAACAACAAGUGCCAGUGAGAACGGUGGCCCAGCGGAAAGUGAGGCUUUUCAACCAUCUUCACCAGUACGAGAGAGAAGCCUCACUGACAAGACAGUUAACGUUUUCCAGUUCUGGAAUACACCCAGCUAUUGUCAAACUUGGUUUACAGUAUGCAGAGGGAAUCAUUUGUGGCUCCAAUGCCAGGUGUAUAGGACUACUUGCUGCCUUGAAAAAGGUGAUUGGAGAUUACACCACCCCACCCCAUAAGGAACUGUCCCGAGAUUUGGAAGCCAAAAUUAAACCAUACAUCAGUUUUCUGACCCAGUGUCGACCAUUAUCGGUGAGCAUGGGGAACGCGAUUAAGUUCAUCAAGUGGCAUAUCACCAACAUCCCGGGGGACAUGUCUGAUAUGAGGGCCAAGGAGAUCAUCAAGGAUCACAUCGAUAACUACUACGUGGAGAAGAUAAAACUGGCAGGUGUUGCCAUUUCUGAAUUCGCAUCAUCAAAAAUUGCUGACGAUGACGUCAUCGUUGUGUAUGCAUGUUCCUCGCUAAUCAGAAAAGUGCUGUGUGAUGCUCAUAGCCGUGGGAAAAAGUUCAGAGUCAUUGUGGUGGACGGGAGACCUCGACAUGAAGGUAAGGAGAUGCUGCGUCGUCUGGUUCAGGCUGGAAUUCCCUGUACAUAUGUCCUUAUCACGGCCGCUUCUUAUAUCAUGAAAGAGGCCACUAAAGUCCUGCUUGGAGCGCAUGGUCUCCUGGCUAACGGGUUUGUGAUGUCACGUGUGGGAAGUUCCAUGAUUGCGCUGAUCGCCAAGUCAUUCAGCGUGCCAGUACUUGUUUGCUGCGAGACUUACAAGUUCUGCAAGAGAGUGCAGACAGACUCAUUUGUCUGUAAUGAACUAGGUGAUCCGGAUGAUCUGGAAAUAGGCAAGAAGGAACCUUACCUGAUGGAUUGGCGGGACUAUCAGUCCCUUAGCCUUCUGAACCUGGUCUACGAUGUCACCCCGCCAGAGUUCAUCUCCAUGGUGAUCACAGAGAUCGGCAUGAUUCCGUGCACGUCUGUGCCUGUUGUGCUCAGGGUCAAGCACUUGGAGACGAACGAAAUAUGAAAGACUCCAGUUGUCGUUGAGAUGGAAAGAUUUGCGUUGUACUGUAUUUAAAAUGAAGACGGCUCUUGAUCUGAUCAAAACCACAUGCAUUUUCAUGUACAACAUUCAUGCUUUGGGGUUUUGGGUUUG